UCAUUCUGUGUCCGACUCUGUCUGUCAAAAAGCCGUUUGCUGCUGUUGAUGGGUGUCGAGUUUCUGUAAAUUUCUCAUUUUGAUCGUCUUUCUUUGUGAUUAAAAAGAUUCCCCGUUUACUAAAAAUGGUUUAAUUAUUGUCUCGCGCUAUAAAUUACGUACAGUGGUGGUUUUUUGACUCUGGUAAAAGUUGUAAACAAUUCCAAAAUGUCCGUUCCUAGCACUGGAUUGAGCAAAUUGAAGAAGAAACAUAUUCGUGUAAAACAUCAAAAAGUGAAACUGUUUCGUGCAAAUGAACCAUUACUAUCUGUGUUUAUGUGGGGUGUGAAUCACACGAUUAACGAGCUAAGUCAUGUCACAAUUCCAGUCAUGCUGCUUCCUGAUGACUUCAGAGCUUAUUCUAAGCUCAAAGUUGACAACCAUUUAUUUAACAAAGAAAACAUGCCAUCUCACUUCAAGGUCAAGGAGUACUGCCCGCUGGUGUUCAGGAACCUUAGGGAGAGGUUCGGUAUCGAUGAUCUCGACUACAAGGAGUCUCUCACAAGGUUUAGAAAGCCAGAUAACUACCUGUGUUCGAGGCCCCACAAGAGGCCUACCAGCUUGCUGCGGCGAUCGGCGACGGCGCCUAACGGGGUUGCCAACAUGAAAAAUGAAACGCACCAAGAGAGCAUAUUCCACGAUGCAAGCGAGUUCGUCAAACGGGGGCUGACGAUAAAACGCCUGAGAUCCCAGCCAAUCCCGGAUGACUCGUCAGGCAAGUCUGGAGCCAAGUUCUAUCAGAGCUACGAUAGGCUUUUCAUUCUCAAGACCCUGACUUCUGAGGAGGUGGAGAGGAUGCACUCGUUCCUAAAACAUUAUCAUCCUUAUAUCGUGGAGCGCCACGGCAAGACCCUGCUGCCUCAGUACCUGGGCAUGUACCGGCUGACUGUCGACGGCAUCGAACACUACCUCGUCGCCACUAGAAAUGUAUUCUCCAACCACCUUAAUAUCCACAGGAAAUACGACUUAAAAGGGUCUACGGUAGACCGCGAGGCGUCUGAGAAGGAACUGGAGAAGGACCUGCCGACGCUCAAAGACAACGACUUCAUCAAGCAAGGAGUCCGCAUUGAUAUCGGUGAUGCUGCCAAAGAGAAGUUACUGGAGACACUCACUGCUGACGUAGAGUUCCUAACGAAGCUCCACCUGAUGGACUACUCGCUGCUGCUGGGCAUGCACGAGUGCGGGCGCGGGGAGGCGGAGGCCGAGGCGGCGCGGCAGAGGGACGCCGAGAACGACUCCGACAACCAGGACUCGGACACUGACAGCGACACUGAUAACAGGCAUCAUGGAGACAGAUGGGGCUAUAACACUCCCCCGGACAGUCCGCGUGGGUUUGCGCGUCAGUCCUCGCUGCGGUACGAGGGGAUCAUACCAGAGCUCGACAUAUACGCCAUACCCAGCCAAGAGAGUGCUCCUAAAAAAGAGAUAUACUUCGUCGCUUUGAUUGACGUGCUGACGCAUUAUGGCGUUAAGAAACAGGCGGCGAAGGCAGCGAAGACUGUAAAAUACGGCAGCAACGUGGACGGUAUCUCGACCUGCGACCCCGAGCAAUAUGGGAAACGGUUCAUAGAGUUUGUAGCCAAGGCCAUCGAGGGCAACUAGGUCCACAACCGCACAACGGUGCUUCUUUUAGUACUUAUACUUGGUCAUAUUUUCAUUUCACAAGGAUUCCGUAACAAAUGGAGUGCUAAUUUGACUUAACGAGUGAUUUAAUGACAUAAGAAUUGCAUCUGUCGCAACUUUUAACCAUGAUCAUCUUCAUAUCAGCCAUAAGAUGUCCACUGUUGAACUCUCAUAGGUCUUUAAAGUAUCUUUUUUUUCUCCUAAUCUUCCUCCUAAUACUAAUAACGUAGGCUGUCAACAAGACCUAUUACUUUUUAUUCUAUCAUUAAGUUAAAUCUUGAUGACAAUCUGUUAGCAUUCCAUUUGUUUACUAAUCUAUGUUAUUAUAUUUAAAGAUGGCGUAUCCAUGUGUUAAAGUUUUUACAACAUUGCCUAACGUUAAAUUAUAUUGUAAUGUUUUCACAAUUGGCAGAUUUAUUGAUGAUUUUAAAACAUUUUCAACAGUUUGUAGUUUAAACAGGUUCAUGGAAUGAUUUUCAUUUCUAUUUUAUUAAAUAUUUGACAAGACACUUGGUACCCAUCAACGAAUGUUUUGGACUGAGCAGACACACUUUCUAGAUUUUCCUUUUAAUAGAAAUUCAAUGUAAACAACAUAUUAUAUCAUGAAGAAAUCAAGGCAAAUAUUGUGGACUGUUAAAAGUUCUGUGUUCGCUACAUUGUUUAGUUUCCUCUAGAUCACUCAAUAGACCUUUUUAAGUUCGCUCAUCGACCCUUUGUUAGUAAAUAAUUGGAGUUUACAGGGUGACGUAGAUUGUAAAGGCCUGGUAGUUUGUUUAGAUGAGUUAUCCGUUCAAUUUACAACUAAAACUUAAAUAUUUGUCUAGCUUACCUGCGUUAGUUCUUUACUUAUGACUAAAAAUUACGUUCACGUAGUUAGGUACUGAAAGAAGCACCGCUUAAUUGUUACAUCUUGUCUAAGACAAGAACCACGAUACAGUAAGUGUAAUAACGUCGAUUCUUAUUGAGAAUAUAAAAUGCAAAUAAAUAAAAUUCUAAUGUUUAAAAAUCGUAGUAAAGAGGCAUGUAUUGAUAUUAGCGAUUAUGCGACACGAUUGGACAAUUUGCGAGAAGUUUGUAAUUUUUAUCAAAUUAAAAUUAUGAUAUCGUCGUAUUUUAUUCGCUUCGCGUGCGAAUAUUUGAACACUGUGCAAUAGACAUGUUAAAGGCUGAUUUGUACUAUAUCGUGGAAAGCGCAAACCGAGGUUGUAAACGGAAAAUUCGCUCGAAGAAAAAGUAUCUAUAGUUAUCGACGAAUGCCUAGUACCCUCGCAUCGGGUAUUCUGCGGUUUAGCAUGACUCCAGUUGCAUCCAGGUCGGUCAUUGUCCGAAACAGGGACGGUUACGGGUUGUUCGGGACCCAUGUUUUUAAUAAUAAUUCUACACUUUCGUCUUGAUGUUUGCAAUAAUAAUAAUAAGCGGACCCUUUUUGACAAUAUUCACGUUUUAUUCUCACUCUGAGUCCCUGUUUUGUGCUGUUUGAAUCUUAUUGUUAUAGUGCUACGUUUGAGAUUGCCUUGUCUUUUCAAUUAAGACUGUUAGCAGAUUUUACACCAACAUAGUUUAGCUAGUUUUACAAUCGAAGGUGUAAAAUGUUUGGGAAAGUAGUGAGCAUAUUUAAUAUUUUAUGAUAAUUCACUAUAAUAUUUCGUCAUUUGUAACAUCGUUCUCUAUAUUAGCAGUAUAAGAGAUAAUAAACGACAAUACAAAUUAAAUUAGGUCUCGUAUUCGUACGAGGCAUGUUGAGGCGAUCUCAAACAUAGUAUUUCUGCUACUGCGCACUUUCCCGAUACCUAAAUAAUAUGAGUAUACCUUUCUACGAGACAUUGCAGUGGAGUUCGCUCGUUUUUCUUCAUCGAAACACUGAAAUGUAAAUUGUAAUUCUGUGCAGUUAUAAAAAUCAAAGUACGCGUGUGUUGACAAACAGCAUAUUAGUAUAAUAUGCAAGACACGAAUAGUAGUAUAAUAUGGAUGACAAGACGGUAAGUUUUGUAACCCUCCAUUUUAUACCUAAUCCGUGUCAUCUACAUUAAAAGUAAAAGUGUUUGUCAACGAAUCAUGCAGCAAAAUUGCAAUGUAACAAGCAAUAUAAAGAAAUACUGCCGUGUUUACCUCAGAAUACAAUAAUAAACUUUAAUAUACCUUAAAAGCACGUUCGCAAUAAUUUUCAUAACUCGUUAUUAGCUUUUUAUAAUGUUCCGCUAACGCGUAGUUUAGUAAUUGACAAAUUAUAAUGAAUUAAUAAUAUUAAUAAAAAAAAAAAUGUUAAAAUAUCAUUGGAUUAGGAUGUUGACGUGUUACGGUUGGCCAAUUAAACUUUAUCAGAAUACUUGUAUACUAAUAUUA